AGUGGGGUGUUGGCGUAUCAUAUAAAAGAGCACAUUCUUUACCCUCCACUGAUAAGUUUUUUGUUUUUUAGCCAGAAAACUCACUAUUCAUCCAGUUGUUGGUUAUGUAUUGCCAAAAGGGUGUUCGCCAGAGCUUAUUGUGAUACCGGCUAGAUUCUGUAAUCUUCCCUUAAACUCUGUACUCCUUUUUUCAUCCAAAGGCAAUUUCGUUAUAGUCAUUUUUAUGGAAUCAAGACUAGAAUGUGGCCUUUGUUGCUUUUCAAUUUCUAUUUCCGCAACCAAUUCAUAGCUUCCCUGCGAAUGAGCGACUGAUGCUGUUUCGUGCGACACCACUGUUUAUGCGUAUCCUCUUAAGAAGAAGACUGUAAACAUAAGUGACAUAAGAAGCGCUCCCAAACUUUCGGAUUGAUUUAUUUAGAAUUCCUUGAAUUAUCGUCAAUAUUGAUUCGCAAAACAUUGUUGUAUGGCCUCGUCUGCAGCCAAAACUUCAUUUUAAUGUGGUUGUAGUAAUAAGUGAGCGGAGAUUCAAUAGUGAAUUGACAAUUUACGUUGAGUAGAAUGAACCAAGAGCUAAGAUCUGAGAUCGAUUGUCGACUCUGCCUUGAAUCUGGCGGACCAUGCAUUGAUGCGUCCCUAGCCUGUGAUGAUGGCAUUGUAUUUGCUGAGAAAGUCAGCACGCUACUUCAUAUAGAGAUGUCUGAUACAUCGAACGAGUGUGAGAUAGUUUGCCAAAAGUGCUUCCUGAAUGUUUGCAAUUUCUUCUCUUACUAUCAACAAGUCCAAAGAAACAAUGAAUAUUUUCUCGCUGUACAAAGAAGUCCUCAAGAUGGAGAACACGAUGCCGAGCAAGAAUAUGAUGUCGAGGAUGAUCUUUCGAAAUAUUCAGAUUCAAUUUACCAAGAUGUCAACAAAUCAGAGGAAAUAAUAUUCGAUUCAUUUGACAAGCCACCCUUGGAAUCAAAUCAACUAAGCGAAGAAACUAUCGAGCCACGAUCACUGACGAUUUCUCCCCAUUUCUCAUCAGACACUGAGUCAAGUAAUGUGAGUAGACGACGGAAUGAGCAGAAAAUCGAAUUGCCAGAACACCUGAGAAAACGUGUGUCAAAAGCAAAGGGUGACGCUAAAAUCAAAGAGUUCAUUGAGAUGAAAUGUGCAAUAUGUGGUCCCAAACAGCCUUCCUUUGAUACUUUCAAAGACAUGCAAUUGCACUACAACAAGGAGCAUAACACGAGAGGCUAUAUUGUAUGUUGCGGAAAAAAAAUUUAUAGAAAGGAUCGAGCGAUGGAUCAUAUAACUAUACACACCAAUCCAAAUGCCUUUAAGUGUCCAGCUUGUGGUCAUAAUAGUAAAAGUCGAGUUUUACUCCGAAUACAUAUGAAACAACAUUUACCAGCAGAAGAAUGGCCGUUCGAGUGUGAAAAAUGCCAGCAAAGAUUUGUAUUGAAAUCUCAAUUAACUAAUCACGAAGCAACCCAUUUGAAUGACGACGAAAAGAAAUUUAUUUGUGAUGAAUGCGGAAAAGUCUUCGCUUUGAAAUUUGUCCUAAUCAAACACAAGUUGACACAUUCAAAAGAGAAGAAAUUUUUCUGUGAAAUUUGUGCAAAAUCAUUUUCGAACCAAGGAAGCCUAACAUCACAUAUGAGACAACAUUCCAACGACGCUGAACCAAGUGCCAGAGUACAGUGCAAUGCAUGUGGUCAAUGGUACAAAAACAUUCAAACUUUACGAACUCACGAAAAUCGGCAUCGGGACACCCGCGAUCAUACAUGCGAAAUAUGUAGUAGAAAAUGUUCUUCGAAAAGCUCGCUAUCCGCUCACGUUCGAUACGUCCACAUGAAAACUAGCCAGUAUGGGUGCAACAUGUGUGCAAAACAAUUUCGGAGAAAGCCAGAGCUGACUGAACACAUGGCACGUCAUACAGGUGAAGUGCUAUACCGUUGCACGUAUUGUCCAAAAACUUUUUCCUCGAGCUCCAACUUCUUCGCACACCGCAAAAGUAGGCACCCCGUCGAAUACAAAGCGCUUCAAAAGACUAUGUCCAACAAGUCAGAUCUCGAAAGUCUACAGUGAAACUUAUUGAAAGCGCCUAAUUGCAGUCAAUGUUCCUUUUUAAUAAAAGAAGCGAUUAAACGGGAU